AUGAGGAGCGGUGGCCCGGUCCCAGCAGACCGAGCGCACCGCCCCUCGGCCCAGAAACUAUCAACCCAUCCCACACACCAUCCCUUCCCUCCAAGCCGCACCCGCAAGCCUUCAGUCCUCGCCGAACACCGCCACGGAGCCCGGAUAGCAGCCAGCGUCCUCUGCAGCCCUCCGCAUGGUGGCCGUUUGUCGAGCACAGCCUGGCCCACCGGGCCACCCUCCCACUCCGCCCCGUCCCUCGCCCGCACUGCUCAUCCCGCCUUCUGCCUCUCUCUCUGCUGCAGCUCGCUUAUCACCCAGCCGCUCGACUGCCGGCUGCGCUUAAGGGCAGCCCGCCCCCCCUUCUCCUACAGACAUCCACCGACCCACCCCCUGUUUGGUGCAGAUGCGAGGCCGGCCAACGCCGACGGAGUCGCCGUCCGUCCGUCCCCCGCAUCCGGCCCGCCGCCCAGCUCCGGCGCCCGCGUCCAGGCCGGGCCCGCCGCCGCCCCGUCGUGCGGCUUCCAAGCCCCCACGUCCGCCUGGUCUCAGUCCCCCGAAAAUCGCCCGCAAACCUCUCGCUUCUGCGGCUUUUGGGGAACAGCAGACCGGGCCCUGCACCCCGAGCCGACCCACGCUCCGCGCGUGUGCCCAUGGCCGGGCCGGCUCGACGGCCGCCCCGCCGCCGCCCCCUCGUCCGUGCAUCCUCAUCAUCCCGCCGCCCCUACGCCCGAAGCGAGCAGGAAGAGACCCGGUCCGGACUCCGCCCGAUCAACGAGCUCCACAACCCUGAGAGCCCCGCCGGGCAUUGCUCGUCUUCCCGCGCCUGCGGAGCCCCCGCCUCGCCCAAAGCCCCGAGUCGGCCGGCCGUCCAGCUUGGCAGUACGAAGACAACUUACCCAAAGUCGGAACCGAUCUGCAUCCGUGACAGAAGAAAAGGAGGGCUCUUCAGGUCCUCGAGGUCUUGGAUCCUAA